UUCAAGGUAAGCGUUUCAAUAUAAGCGGAACCUUACCAAAUAAUGAAUGUAAAAACGUAAAUAUGCAACAGGUUAUUGCUGCAACCUACACUUUUGCACUCACAUAAACUUUAUUUGGUUUGUCACUACUUCUUUUUAAUUUUUAUUUGAGUCGUAUUUAACAAAACUCAAGCUUUGCAUUAGAAUUAACAUUUGACAAAACAAAUAUUUUGACUACCAAUUAAUCUCCUGAUUAUUCUCAAGAUAAAUCAAUUAUUUGUUCUGUAAAAUGUCAGAAUAGUGGAAAUGAUUCUCCCUGUCUAAAAGUAUGUUUUGAUUGUCAGUCAGUAACCCAUGAUGUAAACACAGAUAAGAGGGACAUUCCAGAAUGAACACACAUUUGUCUGUCAUUACUUUGCAAUAGAAUGCGAUUCUCAAAAAAAUAGCAAUAUCGUAUUGAUUAUUCGACUGAUUUAUUCGUAUAAAUGGAAAAGGCAGAAGUCGACAAAACUACAGCUUUGCUGAAAUAUGAUUUUGACGAUAGAGAUAAUCUCCAAUUUUUUUUCUAGAUAAAUAGAUUGAUGAUUUGGUCAGUUAAAUGUCAGAAAAGGCCUAUUCUAGUUGUUCACAGUCUCAAAUUAUGUACUGGUUUGUCCGUCCCUAUAUUCAUUUUAAUAUUAGAAAACAGAAAGAAGGUAAACUUCAGAAUUGAUAGGUUGAAGAAAUAAUUUUCUGUUAAAAUAUUUAGCUUUCUAUCGAUAAUUCGACUCAUCGUUGCUGCUCUAUUGUGACAUAACCAUUACAAUCGACACAUUGUAUCGCCGAUACAGUAUUGGUGAGGUUAACCCUCCUCAGCGUGUGUAGAGUGUGGGAGCUACUCAGCUGUACUCGCGGUGAUGUAACAGGAAGUAGUGGGUUGCCUCCCAACGUCAACCUGACAGCCGCCUCAGCUGCUCACUGAGAGCCGGAGAUCAGCCGUGUUCGCUGCUCUCCACCGCAGCCGAGGACAGGAGCCACUUUACUGGACUGCCUUGAGACUUUACCCCGGUCCGAUCCCCUCUGCGCUGCGGCUGGAUUUUACUCUCCGAUCUGCAGUUGAUAAAUCAUCGUCUCACUUUGACAUGGCCAAAAGGAAAAUGGAUAGUAUCGAGCGGAGCGGGGCGGUGGCACUCAUACUGCUGUGUCAUCUUACAAAGAUUUUUGUAACAGCAAGCCUGGAGGUGAAUGAAACCCAGCAGCAGCAGCAUCCGACCAACGUCUACCACGAAAUUGGUGUGACCAGAAACAAGAUAGUGACAGCACAGUUUGAGUGCUACCAGAAGAUAAUGAAGGAAGAUCCCCAGGGAAGACGAGAGCCCAUGUGUAACCGCACUUGGGAUGGCUGGCUCUGUUGGGACGACACCGAGGCAGGGGUUAACUCAGAGCAGCACUGCCCCGACUACUUCCAGGAUUUUGAUCCUUCAGAGAUGGUUACUAAGAUCUGCACCGACAGCGGUCUGUGGUUCCUGCACCCGGAGAGCAACCGGACAUGGACCAACUACACCCGCUGCAACGAACACACCAAUGAAGGCAGAGUGACGGCCAUGAAUCUCUUCUACUUGGCUCUCAUUGGACAUGGCCUGUCCCUGACCUCGCUCUUUAUCUCCCUGGGGAUAUUCUUCCAUUUUAAGAGUUUGAGUUGCCAAAGGAUCACGCUUCACAAAAACCUCUUCUUCUCUUUUGUUCUGAACUCUGUCAUCACUAUCAUUUUGUUGACGGCAGUGGCAAACAACCAGGAGCUGGUGCAGAGGAAUCCAACGAGCUGUAAAGUGUCCCAGUUCAUUCAUCUGUACCUGUUUGGCUGCAAUUACUUCUGGAUGCUUUGUGAGGGAAUAUACCUGCACACUCUCAUCGUGGUGGCGGUGUUCGCAGAGAAGCAGCACCUCAUGUGGUAUUAUCUCCUCGGCUGGGGCUUUCCUCUCAUUCCGGCUAUCAUUCAUGCCGUUGCUCGAGGUUACUACUACAACGACAACUGUUGGAUCAGCUCUAAAACGUCGCUACUCUACAUCAUCCAUGGCCCCAUCUGUGCUGCUCUCUUGGUCAAUUUGUUCUUUCUGCUCAACAUUGUGCGAGUGCUCAUCACCAAACUGAAGGUGACCCAUCAAGCAGAGUCUAGUCUGUACAUGAAAGCUGUGAGAGCCACCCUCAUUCUGGUGCCUCUGCUGGGAAUUCAGUACGUCCUGCUCCCCUACAAGCCCGAGGGACGGGUCUCCUCUGAAAUAUACGACUACAUCAUGCACAUACUAAUGCAUUACCAGGGUUUGCUGGUGGCCACCAUCUUCUGCUUUUUCAACGGAGAAGUCCAAGCAGUUCUAAGGAGGCAUUGGAACCAGUACAACAUCCAGUUUGGCAGCAGCAUAGGGAACCACUCGGAUGCCAUGCGUUCGGCCUCCUACACGGCCUCCUCCAUCACAGAGGUACAGGGCUGCUACAGCAUCGACGGCCAAACAGAACACAUGAAUGGUAAAGGCUUCCACGACGCCGAUGCCUCCAUCUUAAAGUCAGACAGCCCCUUCGCCUGACAACAUCACGUAUCCCUGCCUGCCCCACCCAUAAGCCUAAAAACUGCAGCAUGUUCGGAGAGACAGCCAGAGAACUCACCCUUUGAUACGAUAUCAGAAGCAAUGGGUGAGGAAAAGGACACAGGCUCUCCCACAUCCGAAGGAAAUUGUCCCCUCUUGGCCACACCGCCCUUUAACAGCACUGUACGGUGAGCUCGAUACAACUACUCCUGUGCUUUGUCUACAUUUUGAGACGGACCUGCUUCACUCAACCUAAGAUGCAUUCUGAUAAUCACAAUAACGUUGCGAUCUUUCUGCCUGACAAUUGUUUUUAAGUGGAUGAACAUUAACUGCUCGACCGUCCUUCAGGGACCAUGUUGUGCACAAAAAGCCUUUGGUAACACUGUAAAUUGUUAUGACAUGGUUAGUGCCAAACCAAGAUAUCUUUGCCUGCCUCAUUCAUUUUUUCUAUUUUCAAUACAGAACCAGAACGAAGAUAGGACGUCUAACAGGUGCAUAAUAAUAUAUUAAAGCUAUAUUAUAUCUAUCACAUGUUAAGUUUAAUUUAUCUGAGCAUACAGUAUUAUUGUUUAUUGAAUAAAUACCAUAAAGUAUUUAUUAAAGUUGAUAUGCUAUGUUAUUUUCGAAAUUAAUGUGACUCAUUGCCAGCUUCACACAGAUGUUCAAUGUGUUUCUUGUUUGUUUCUGUGUGCAGUUAAUGCAGAUGAUUUACCGAAUUGUAUCUUUAGCUUGCAAGCUGAUUUUAAGAGAUAUAAUGCUAAUGUUUGAACGUGUUUAAGUGAUCCUUAGUGACCUGUAAACCACAUGUAAGGUUGUUAUGUAACUUGUUAACACAAUAUUAUCACAAAGAAGCCGUCUUGAUAUCACACAUACACCAAUUUUCAUUACACUCGAAUGUAACAGUGUGAAGUUUGAAGACGUGGCUCUGAACAUAUGCUGUAUGUACCACAUUCCCAUUCACUGCUGUCUUUAGCCUUACUGCUCUCAAAAUACCUAAGUAUAACCACUAAAUAAGCAUUACGGGGUGUUCAGACUGAACAGCACUGUUUGAGAAAUGUACCAUGCUAACGGUGAGAUAAUGAAAUACAAUGCAAUUCAGGAAAGUUAGGAUUGUCCAUUUUUCAAAUUGUACAUAGGCCUACUUACCUUCUGCUCUGUACAUAUAUUAGAUCCCAUUCGUAACUUACUUAAUUUACGUGUAGGAUUUAAGUAAAAAAAAAAAAAAAAAAAAAUGUAUAGUGUUGUUAGGAAGCUAGAAGCUAAGUUGUUUAUGCUAACAUUAUUCAACAUUAUGCUAAAGGGUUAGCACAAAGUAGCUGAAUUUUUGUACAUAUUUUGUACGUUGUAGUUGCUCUGCAAAGACUGUGCCUCACAGCCAGUUAGAAAAAGUUAGAAUAACAGCAUUGUAUGAUUAGAUAGACUUCUGAACCCAUACUUCAUGGCUAAACACCAAGUAUCAGUAUCUGAGUAUAUGGUCAUGGUGUAGAGGAAUGUAUCCUACAUCUCAAUGAUCUGGAGGUGUAAAGUAGACGUUCACAAAAAGGAACAUGCAUCUGCACAAAGUUAAUUGGUUAAUGCAGUCGUCUCAAGGUAAUGCUGGAUUGAAUUGCAGCAAAGUUAUAAAUCAGAUUAUUUUUCUAAUCUCGUUUAUAUAAAUUAGGGAUAUGCUAACUAGUGUUAGUGUCAGUCUGAACACACGCCUUAGUCGGAAGGGAUAUCACCAUGUCUCUCAAAAAACUGCAAAAAACAUUCUUUAUAAAGCAUUUAGCUAAAGCAAGCUGUGUCCACACCGUUCUGCUGUCAUUUCACCCUAAAACCUUCAUGUACUCUUUCUUCAUUUUAGAACCUUUUUACUGCUAUGGCCAUACUGCUGGGAACAGGAUUCACUAUCAGCUGAUGUAAAUAUGUUUGUAAAUCUAGUUUCUGAAAAGUUGAACAUGUGAGAGUGUGACUGGCUUGUGUGCAUGAUUUAUACAUUUACAGUAUUUAUGAGUACAUUAUACUCUGACCCAUUCAACCAUGAAGCAACCGUCUUAUGUGACAGUCUGUGGGACGUUGAUAAAGACGUUUUUUGUUCUACCUUUGUUUUAAAACAAGGGAGGGUGGGGAAGCAGUGGGAUCUGUCUGCUCGUAUUAUUUGCCAUCAUUUUUAGUAGAGUCGUCACCUUUCCAUUCUGCCUGUAUUCGAAAGUGAAGAAAGAAAGGUAGCACUGCCUUCUGUGUAACUUAUUAAUGCCAUUUCCAAGAACAGACAUACAAACAAAUACUCACAUUCAACCUUCCAAACGGCAUGUUUUAUUUACUAUAUCAGUGUAGAGUAUUGAAGACGAAUCAUAUAAACAGUCAUUUUUAUCUUUGGUGGAUGAGUAUUUUUGUAGGAUCAUGAAUAUCUCAAUAUUAUGAACUGUGAGGACUUUUAUUCGGCGGUCGACAGAUGCAAACGCGGUGCAGUUUUAUAAAAUUGUGCACAUACAAAGACAUAAAUGUGCCACACAUGCAAAUAAAGAAACAACUUCACCAACUUUACAACACAUGGGCAGCAAUUACAAAAAGAGCUGCGAGAAGUGGAAUAUACAACCGAAACUUUACUGACCAAAAAGUAAUGCACACAGCUGUGAGCGACGCUAUUGUUGACGUUUGGGGAUUAUAAAGUCAGCCAACUGUCACUGGAAACUCACCGAAAAUGUUAGUUUUUUUUAACAUAUUUUAACAAUGUGAUCACAUGAUUCCUUCCGAUAUUAUUGCAGAUCUACUGUUAGCUAGCUAGCUACCGUCGCUAACCUAGUCAUUUGAAAUAUUACUAACUCUGCUGACAGUGACAGUUGGCCAUCUUUAUAUUUCCUUAACAUCAACACGCGCUCCGGUCCAAUCGGUGCGAAUCACUUUCUAGUGUUCCUUGGUUUCUGUUUAUGCAGCGCUCUUAGUAAACGCUGAACAUCUUUCGUCAAGUUGAUAUUUCUUUGUUAGCAUGUGUUUUGGCACAUUUGUGUUUCUAUAUUUGCAUCGUUUUUGAAAGAGCAGUGUUUGUCUCCUAAUGUUGUUUUGGGCCAGUCCAGUAACAUAUGAAAGAUAGUAUUUUUGAUGUGAAAAAGUGUUCUUGGAUGCUAAUGAUGAAGGGAAUGGGUUAAUUACAGGAUAUGUGCACAGUAUUCUAAGCAAGGGUUCAGUAUCACACAUACAUUUUGUACUUUGUAAUGUCAGAUCUGCAGGACAGUUUCUCAUUCUAAUCCUAAACUAUAAAUCUUACAUAUGAUCUUUAUAAACCAAGUAAUUUACCGUGUAGUGAUGGUUUAUAAUAAAUUAUACAGUAAUUUCAUCACAAAGACUUCUGUUCCAUUUAAGUUGUGUAUUUAUGUGUGAAAUAUGUUCAUAUGACUCUUCAAAGGGUUUGUGAAGUCCGCUGGGACACUUUGGUGACAUGUUGUAAAGUAUGGCAAAAGCAUUAAUGGCAAUGUCUGUAGUUUUUGUUUAUACUGUACUGUAUUUAACUUUGGUAGUCUUGACACAUUGACUCCACACUGCUGUUUGAAUGUAACUGGUUUUGAUUUAUUCUCUGUGAAAAACAUAUAUAUAUACAUAUAUAUUUGCAUACAAUGUGUCUUUUUUAUUAUUUCACUGAUUAGUCAAUGUUGCUUUCUUGUGUGUAUCUGCAUAUAAUACAGUUUAGAACAGCCACAUUUUUUUUGCUUAAUUGUGCGGUAUAUUGCUUCACACACGUUGACACACAUGUUUAAAUAAACGUACAUAUUUUACUUUCA